AUGCGGUGGGCGCGGCCGGCGCGCGCCGCCGCGGGGGCGACCUGGCAGCGGCUGUCGGGGCCCAGCCGCGUGCCGCCGGCGCUGCCGGUCCCGCGGGAGGUGCCCCGGCCCUCCUACGCGGAGUCGGGGCAGCCCUCGGACGUGAGGCACCUCGAGGCCGAGGUAAAGACGAGCGCCGAGAUCGAGAAGAUACGCGCGGCGUGCAGGCUCGCGGCUCAGGCCCUGCAGGUGGCGCGGGAGACCGCUGCGGUCGGAGUCACCAACGCGGCGGUGGACGACGCCGUGCACAGGUACAUCGUGUCGCAGGGCGGCUACCCGGUGGGCAUAAACUUCCACGGCUUCCCGCGGGCGAUGUGCUCGAGCGUCAACAACGUUGUGGUGCACGGGAUCCCCGACGAGCGGCCUCUGCUGGACGGCGACAUCGUCAACUAUGACGUCGCCGCCUUUUUAGGGGGGUUCUUUGGGGACAACUCGUGCAUGGUGGAGCUCGGCACCGUGGAUGAAGACGGCAGGCGUCUCUGCAGAACAACCAGAGAGGCCCUCGAGGCCGCCAUCGAGUAUUGCGGGCCUGGGGUUUGCCUCAGCGGCGUGGGAAACAUCGUGCACCGCAUCGCGACCGAGGCAGGCUACGACGUCGUGUCCGAGUUUGUGGGCCACUUCCUCGGACGGGAGCUGCACAUGCUCCCGAACGUGGCCCACAGGCCCGACAGCUUGAAGCUAGAGCUGAGGCCCGGCAUGGUUUUCACCAUUGAGCCCAUCCUCACCGAGGGGAAGCGCCACAUCGAGCGCUGGCCAGACGGGUGGACCUACGUGACCAGGGACGGCAAGCGGACCGCGCAGUGGGAGCACACCAUCCUCGUGACCGAGCACGGGAGCGAGAUCCUGACCGUUCCGUGA